AUGGGUGGACCCAACCUUGAAGUCUUCAAGUUCUCCGUCUAUGUCUUCUUCCCAGUCUUGAUGCUUCUCCACUAUGGCAAUCCGGAGUGGUAUGCGAAGAACGUCCUUCCGUACAAGGACAAAAUAUUUCCGCCUGAAGACAGGCUAAUUACUAACAUACCUACCGAUUCUACGACACUCAAAGAGGAGCUUGCUAAGAUUCGGGCAAGAAACAUGGAGAGGAGGGCGCAAAGGGAGGCGGAA